AUGUUCAACAAUACAAAUAAUAAUAAUAAUAAUAAUAAUAAUGCAACAGCAAUACAUUUAAAUUGUUAUAGUAAUAGUAUAAUACAAAAAGAUAUACAACAAAGGGAGAUAGUGAUAGUGGAUACAUUAUUUUCAUUAUGUGGUGGAUAUAUGGUAGCAUCGAAUAAUAUAGGAUGUAUAAAUGUGUGGAAAUUGGAGGAAUCAUUACACCCAAAUUCAAAACAUCAACAACAACUACAACUACAACAGCAACAACAACAACAACAACAACAGCAAUAUCAAUUGCGUCAACAGGCACAUUUAGAAAAUACACAUAAAACAGUGGGAACUUCAUUUUCAGAAUUUUAUAAACCACAUUGUACAUUUCGUGCACAUGCUCCUUAUACACCAAUAAAUAAAAUUCAUUUUUUUAAUGACCAAAUAUUAGCUUCAGCUGGUGAAAACGAUAUAAAACUUUGGUCUUGGGAAAAAAUUAAAACUAUAAUUGAUUUGAAUUUAGAGAAAAUACAAAAUCAACAUUAUAAUGAUGAUAUAAUAAAAUUAGAUUGGAAAUCAAUUUAUUUAACAUGCAUAGAAUCACCAAGAAUCGAAGGUCAUGGUGGCCAAUUAUCAGAGAAAUCUGAAAUUAAUGGUAUUGAUAGUCACGGUGCUAUAUUAUAUUUCGCAAGUGGUAAUAAUAAUGCCUACAGCUAUGAUUUAACAACUAGUCAAAUCAUUUCAUGCUAUAGAGGUCAUACAGAUUAUUUACAUACCAUUAAAUAUAAUUCUUCAUUUUCAAAUAUAAUAACAUCUUCUGAGGAUUCAACUGUUAGAUUAUGGGAUUCUAAAAGUGGUCAAUGUGUUUCAAUAUUAAAUCCAUUUUAUAAGAUAUCAUUUGAAGCACCAAAUAAUAAUGAAAAACAAUCACAAGACAGUGGUAGUACAAUAUAUAAUAACAGUAAUAAUAAUAAUAAUAAUAAUAAUAAAAAUAGUAGUAGAAGAGGUAGUGGUGGUUAUACAUCAAUUUAUUCAAAUAUAACACCAUCAUUAACAAAUAAAACCAAUAAAUUUGAAAGUAAUUUUAAUCAAUGGUGUGGUCCUUUAGAUUUGGAUGAAACUGGUAAUUGGUUAGCUGUUGGUGGUAGUACUCUAAGUUUAUGGUAUUUAGGUAAAUUAAAUACAAUGGUAUCACAAUUACCAGUGGAUGAAUCAACUUAUUCAAUAGUUUUUGAUAAAGAGAAAAUAAUAACAUGUGGUUCUGCUGGUUAUAUAAAUUAUUUCGCUCUAGAUGGUAGACCUUUAAUGAGAGUACCCUCUUCUUCAAAAAUUUUAUAUUCUUUAUCUUUUAAUCAUCAUAAAAGAAAUCAAGUUUUGGUUGCAGGUGGUACAUCUCCAUUCAUAAAUACAUUUAUUAAUCAAGAGAAUAUAGCAUUUUCAUAUUAUUUUAUAAAUGAUGAUUGA